CACACAUCGGGCCAACAAAACCGAAACAAACAAAAUUCUCUUCAAAAAAUCCUUAUUUUACAAAACUGUUCCAUCAAAAUGCUAUUUUUACGUGAUAUCCUGCAUUGUAUAGUUCUUCUGAAUAUUUCUGUGAUAUUUUCAUUGGCUCAUUUUGAGCACAAAGAAGAUCCUAAGGUACUUUUGAUAUCAUUUGAUGGUUUUCGAUGGGAUUAUCUUGAUAGAGUUGGGCCAGCCAAAGCACCCAACUUUUUUAGCCUCAUUAAAGAUGGUGUAAAGGCAAAAUCGGUUGUAAACACAUUCACGACAAAGACGUUUCCAAAUCAUUUCACCAUUGUUACCGGAUUAUGGGAAGAAAGCCACGGCAUUGUCGAUAAUGACAUGUACGAUCCCAAAUUCAACCGAACAUUUACGAAGGCGAGGGUAUCUGAUAUGAAAGAUUCGUUCUGGUGGGACAACGGUGCUAUUCCAAUUUGGAUCGCCAAUGAGCAAGAAGAUGAGAAACGCCGCAGUGGCACCAUCUAUUGGGCAGGCUCUCAGUCAACAUACACUUUCAAAGGCCACAAACUGAAACAAUUUGUGGAUUUUGGUGAUUAUAAUUUUGACACACCAUAUAAGAAAAUUGUGGAUACGAUGGUUGAGUGGUUUUCACAAGAGAGUCGUCCUAUUAAUUUUGGAGCAAUGUACUUCGAUAUGCCGGAUGCCCUUGCUCAUCGAGUGGGCCCUAGUUCCCCAAAAAUAGAUGAGAUGAUCACAACACUUGAUAAGAAUGUUACUGGUUACCUCAUUGAGGAAUUAAAAAAACACAAUUUGUUCGAUGUGCUUAACAUAAUUAUCACGAGUGAUCAUGGAUUUGUUGAUACUUCUAAGGAUCGUGUUAUUGAUGUUUCUAAAUACGUUGAUUCCAACCUGUACACAAAAUAUGGGAAAACUUCUGUGUGGAAUAUACUUCCAAAGUCUGGCCAUGAAGAUGAAGUGUACAAAGGCUUCAAAAAAUUUCACCAUCUGACCGUGUAUAAAAAAGAUGAGAUUCCUAAGAAUUACCACUAUUCUAAAAAUGAGAGAAUUUUACCCAUCGUUGUCGUGGCGGACGAAGGGUGGAUUCUCUCAGUGAAAGGCAACCCCUUUGAUGAGUGGAAUACCACAAAAGGUGGAGGCCAUGGUUACAACAACUCGUUGGAAUCGAUGCAUCCAUUCUUCAUAGCCCAUGGUCCAGCGUUUAAACAAGACUACCAGAGGGGUCCUCUCAAUAUUGUUGACAUCUACUCAUUGAUGGCAGAGGUCCUAAAGCUAAGCCCUGGCAACCUUGGCCCUCAUAAUGGUAGCACCAGUAACAUCAUGGAUAUGUUACGGUCAGAGAAUCAUACGUACGAUAUGACGACCACCUUUGUUACUUUUAUCAUGGUGAUAGUCAUGGCAUCCCUCAUCACCGGAAUUUUCUCCAUCGUUGUCAUCCGACAGCAACGCGUUCACGCCACACGCCGCUUUCGUCUCCUCACCGACGGCCUGAUGAACGAAUCAGCUCAACCAAUGAUGUUACAGAGUGAUGAGGAAUUAUGAUACAACCAGAACCGUAGGCAAGGUAUUCAGAGUGCUAUUGGAGACGUGGCAUCAGGAAAUAUGUCACCAUCACGGCAGCCAGAUGCGACAGAAUAUGAUGUUUACACUGUAUAGCAAAUGUGGUGGCCCCUUUAAAUGUCUAAAGACUAAGGAUAAUCUCGUCCCAUCCCAUUGACUUGGAUGACUGGAGAUUUCCUUUUAUUGGUCUUUGGCUUUAGCGGGGCCCUUUCAUUUUAUCAUCAUUUUAAGUUGGGUUUUUUUCUCUUCGUGUCAUGUUCAGAUAUGAGGUUUAAUCAGCUAGGCAGAAGGUGGUGUUUAGCUUUCCCAACCAGAUAAUCUGUGGCUAUGUACAUGUGCAACAAAGUUCAAGUUGUUGGAAACCGUGUGCAUUUUGAUUAUCAGCCUACCAAGACGUUUUAUCUAUCAUGUACAAUGGAACCUCUGUUAGCGGACACCUCUCUAUUAAGGACAACCUCUCUAUUAAGGACACAAGUUUUGGUCCCAAAUUGGUUGUUUCCAUUCAAUUUGACCUCUCUAAUCAGGAUACCUCUCUAUUAAGGACAGCAAUUGUCAGUCCCAAGGGUGUCCUUAAUAGAGAGGUUCUACUGUACAUGUAACUUCAUGGAGGCUUGUUCUUCAACAAGCUUACACACAUUUCAUGCCUUGAACAGGGAACUGUAAAUAUUCCGAUUAUCAGUCACGUAAUGCAUUCCAACUUUUGUACCAUAUUUAAAUUAUAAGUGAUUGAUGAUUAAAGAAAAUGUUUAUCCUGUUGUAUAAAAUUCUAGUUAGGUACCUGGUUUUUUGGUACAUUAUUGAUCUUUAUACUCGUGAACCUGUCCUUGUUGUCAAAUCAUAAAUAUUGUAAACACUCAUGUCUCUAUUAAAAUUGAGGUUGAAGCUCUUAAUUUUAUUGUUACUCUUUUAUCACAACCUCAUUUCACUAAUCUGAGUUUUAAUCAUGUCACAAUCUUUGAGGUUUUGGGGGCAGAUAUAUUUAUUUAAGUUAUUAUGAUUAAUGGAGUAGCUCUUGAUAAUGCCAGGCCUGCUCUUAAUUUUAUGUAACUCACAGUUGCGAUAGGGAGUGGUUUUAUUUCUGGUCUCCUGUUGACUGGAACCAAAAUUGCAAUGAUGGCUUAGCAGGGAUAUAUUGGAUAAUGUAGCCAAACUUGAUAUUAACACUUUUGCGUAGACGUGUUGUUGAAAGGAACUGAACUAAUGCAUUAGUGCUGGCCUGGCAUGAUCUCCAAUUACUUCUUCUUUAACAAUAUUAAAAGAUCGUGGUCGCAGAUUCUCUUUGUUUUAUUCUCUAGUCCCAGCUUCAGCCGGCAGUUUUUGAACAUUCCAUUUUAGACUAUGUUGUCGUACUGUCUAUUUGAUCGCUUAAAAAUAUAAUGCUCUGUUCAGGGGCUGUUCAUUUAGUACGUACGUUUCUUUUCAACCCCCAACACCUGUACACAGACAUAUGCAAAAUGUACCAAAAAUUUGCAAGUGACCUUCCCCUCUUGUUGCGUACGUACUAAACGCACGGCCCUUUGGAGGUUUGCUCAAUGUUUAUUUCGCUUAAUGUAGUAUUUGUAUCUAUUGCAUCUAUAAUAGAAGCAGUGUAUAUGGGUCAGUGACGUAAAUUUGACGUCCGAAAUUGUGUUUUUUCUGUAAUGCCUUCCACACCUUCAGUUUCACUUAACUUUACGAUAACUUUUGUUCCGGUGUGUAUUUUGCUAUUAUUUGUCACAUUAACAGUAUUGUAGUUUUUGUUGUAAAUGAUAACUUUUUUGUUGAUUUUUAUUCGCAGCAUGUAGCAGUAGCUUAAGUUUAGCAUAGCAGCAGGUGUUUGGCUAGGCGGUAAUAUGUAAAGUGGUUCAGAUGUCUGUUCCUCAGUUGAAGGUGCUUACAUCAUCCUUUCUGAAGUAGGAUCAAUGUGUCAGCUGUACAAUCAUGUAUUAUUCUACAUCCUGUGUAGUCCCUCAGUUGUGGGUGCAGUAAAUAGACAGCUGGCUUAUUUGAUACGUGUAAAAUAAUCACAAUAAAACUUUUACAAAUAGA